AUGUCGCUGUCAAGCACCGAAGGAAAGCUUGAUUGGGUGGAUGCUGCACGCCGGUGGGCGAGCUGGUGGAAGCACGGCUACAUGUCGGUAACGGGCGUAUGUUUCGACAUUGGUGCAACCACUCAACUCUCCCUUUUAUCGUACUCCAAGCUGCUUGACCCCAAAUGUCCUCGGCCUACACACUUGCCAAAUAUGAAUCCCGAGAUAGAGGCUUCCGGUAAUGGUUCCCUGAUGAGAUUAUCGCCCGUGCCAGCGGCCCUUCAUCGAGAUCCUUUUUUGGCGAUCCAAACGGCAUCUCUCCAGUCCAAGAUCACACACUCCAGUCCUCUCUGCGUGGAUUCAUGCGUGCUGGCCACUGCAUAUAUGAUAGGCUUCUAUCACGCAGAAGCGAACACGGCAAAAGAGCGCAAGCAAGUGGUACUCAACCCGGACUUCACGCCAUUUUCCGAUGGGACACCGAUUCCUUUAGAAAGUCCUGAGCUUAUGGAUCUUCAUAAACAGCAUCGCUAUAAGGAAAGGAUUGUGGCGGAUGUUGAGACCAGUGGAUAUGUUUUACACACACUGGAGGCUGCUCUCUGGGCAUUAUGGCAUAGUGAUACUUUUGAGGAGGGCCUGAUGCUGUUGCUUCCUCUGGGGAGUGAUGUUGAUACAGUUGGUGCAGUUUACGGAGAACUAGCCGGAGCUUGCUAUGGCUACGACGAAAUACCGACAAGGUGGCUCGAAACACUGCAAAGACGAGACAUACUCCAUGACACAUAUAAGGGAAUCAUAGAGCUGGGGUUGAAACUUUAA